UUGACCCAUAAAAGUCAAGCUGGAAGGGGAGGCAGCCACUACCACUGCAUGGAUCGCCUCAGUUCACUCUCCACACAUUCACUGGGAGUUGUAAAGUUUUGCAUUUUGUUUUGGAGUUGAGUCAGAGACAAGUGACUCAUUUUUUCCCCCCUUUCUCUUGAGUUUAUUCUUUUUGAUUUUUCUUGCUCUUAUUUUGUUUUUUGUGCGGCGGCGGCGGCGGUGGAAAUGUUGGGGAAUCUGAGGAUGCUCUGUCUGUGUCUGUGCUUCUCCUGGGCCGAAGCUCGCAUCUGGGCCUGGAUGCUCAACAUGCCUCACAGCCCGCCCAAAGACGGAGCGAAGGCUCUCAGAGAAAGCGCCCACGUCUCCAAGGCAACCACGGCGGUGUGCGACCACGACAGGAACUGUGGGCGGGGUUCCUCCUGCGAUCGCCACUUCGGCCUGUGCGUCCCGCUGCGAGGCGAGGGCCACUACUGUCGGAGGGACGCCCAGUGCGUCCGCGGCCUCAGCUGCAUGUUCGGGAAGUGUCACCGCAGCAUCCCCAAUGGACAAGAGGGUGCCAGAUGCAAAGUGGACCGGGAUUGUGGCGCGUCCAUGUGCUGCGCCCGACACCACGGCGAGCAGGUGUGCAAGAGACGCCUGGUGGGCGGCGAGAGCUGCUUCGUGCCCGACGGCGGCCUGGCGUUCAGCAUCAACCAGAUCUGUCCCUGCGACGAGGGGCUGCUGUGUCGCGAGAGCAGCGCGCCGCACAGGAGAGAGAGGGAUUUCACUUAUCAGCCAGAACGAACAAGUUGGACCUGUCAAGUGCCCAAACCCUGAUCCGGGCCUACAAUACUGAAGUUAUUUAUUAUGUAAAUAUGUUGUAUAUUACUGUAUAAAAAGAAAUGUAUAUGUGUCCAAAUGUGUUCUUAUAGCAAGGAUGUAUUUUCUUUGUUGUCUUAUUUCAUUCUGUAAAUUUUGACCAAAGCACUACCGUAGCUGAGCUCAACAAAGAGAGUCUUCUAGAGUAUCUUCCUAGAUAUUUGCAUAUCUAUUAAUGUUUAUCUCUUUCACUCUGAAGAAUAAAAAGAUCCUUUUUUUGCCAAAAGCAAUGAU